AUGACAACGAACAAAAUUAGCAUUCGCUGUAUGUUCUCAUACAUAAUUUUCAAAUCAGUUUUUCAUUGUUUGAAAAUGCAUCGUUGGAUAGUUUUCUGUCUAAUUAUUUCUCUUUCAAAUUCGUGUUUUCAAGUGCGAAAAUUAAAUGAAUGUGGAUGCUUCGACUACAAACCGCUUACCAUAAAUCACGUAGCCAUUUUGGAUAAGGAACUAGCUCAAGAAAUUAGAAUUGGAAACCUAACUACGCCUAUUUACACGUAUGAGAAUUGUGAUUACAUUUAUAUUCAAUGCGGUGAAGAGAACGCAAGAACUCGACAAUUAUUGAGAACUAAUUGGCCAGACAGAGGAACUAUUUACAAAGUUGAUAUGACAAUGAUCUCACGUACAGCUAUACUUUGGUUUAAAGUUGAAUGCGACAAGAAAAGCCACGAUUGGAGAUACAUUUUAGUGGACGAUGACAGAGAAAUUGUUAAUGAGCAUUUGGUUUGUCAUUCUGUUCAAUAAAAUUCUGAAAUACUGAUAUUAA